CGCCCUCCUCCCCUCCCUCCCCCACCGCGGCCCGAAAGCCCGCCCCUCCUCCUCUCCCGUUCCUUCCUCGCGUCUUCUCCUCCUACUCCCCUCCCCCCCAAAAUAUCUAGGGUUUCCUCCGCCGACUAGCCUGUACCCCGGCGAUCCGCGGGCGGAGUCCUCCAGUCCCGGGGGGAGAUUCGAGGAGAUCAUGGAGAGCAGUUCAUCAGAUGUGCACAUGUCACAUUGUGCUGAGGACUCUGACAAUACUGAGAGCACAAUUGAGAUCAAAAUAAAGACCUUGGAUUCUCAAACAUACAAUUUGCGUGUCAAUAAACGCGUGCCAGUACCUCUGCUAAAGGAAAAAAUUGCUACUGUAACCGGAAUAUUGUCUGAACAGCAACGCCUAAUUUGCCGUGGGAGAGUCUUAAAGGAUGAUGAGCUCCUUUCUGCAUAUCAUGUGGAAGAUGGCCAUACAUUGCAUCUUGUGGUAAGACAACCAGGGCAAUCUGCUACAUCAGGAAAUGCUGUUAAUGAAGGUACCACAUCAAAUCCCACUCGUCGUCGUGGUCCCACAAUGACUCGCAGUAUUGUGCUUGAGGCUAUUAAUGUGGGUCAGGGGAGUGAACUAAGUGUUGCACAGUUGCUACAAAGUCUGCUUCGAGCUCCUAGUAGCACACAAGUCUCGAGUGGACAAGCACCAUCUGACGCGAGGCCUUCAGAAGGUGCACAAUCUUCAACGCAAAACAGUGUUAGGGCUGUACUUGAUCAAUUGCAGGUUCCUCCACUUUUCCAGUCUGAAGCGGCACAGGGAUUAUCAGAACCAAACGUCAUUCCUGAUUCAUUGACCACGAUUUCUCAGUACAUUAACUUUCUGAGAGACUCCUUUAGACGGGAAGGCUUCAUGGAUAAUGGACAAACUCUAAAUAAUCCUGACCAUAGAACUGCAGGAAGUGACCAUGGAGAUGGUACUCAAAAUCAGGAAAACCAGCUUGAUUCAGCUUCGGCACAUGGGCUUCCUACUGCAGCGUUGCUUGCUGAAACUAUGCACUCUACUAGACAACUUCUUGUUGAUCAUGCUGGAGCAUUGCUAUCUCAACUACCAGAUCAGCUAGGAGAUAUUGUAAAUGUAACUGAUGCUACAGCACGGAGAAGCCUUCAAAACAGUGUAGUCAGAUAUGGGGUUCUUAUCCAGUACCUUGGGUCAUUACUUCUAGAACUUGGUCGCACGACGAUGAUGCUACGUAUAAAUCCUGCAACUUCGGAAGCAGUUGUCAAUUCUGGACCAGCUCUUUUCAUCUCUCCGUCUGGGCCAAAUCCUCUUAUGGUUCAACCUGCUCCUUUUGUUCCAGGAACAGGAUCUGUCCAAAUGGGCCCAAUAUUUUCUAGUCUUACUUCACACCGCUCUGUUCUACACCCAAGGGAUAUUGACAUCCAUGUCCGCACGAGUGGGUCUAUGUCUUUAACUGGUACUAACCCACGUGAGCUGGUUGAGGUACAUCAAACACAAGAACGUACUGAUAGAAGUGCAAAUGCUUCACCUGCAAACAGUAGUGAGGCAUUUGCAGGGGUUACAGGCGGUACUCCAUUUCCUGUUGAGUCUGGAGUUAGGCUGGUGCCGGGUAGAACAGUGGUUGCUGUGCCUGCUGGCAUCAAUCAUCUUCCUUCGAGAUCUUCUAGUGGAGCCGGUGCUAUCUAUUCAUGGUUCACCAGAAUUCAAAGAAGAGCAUACACUAAUGCUCAACCUGCCCAUAGUGCUAAUGAGCUACCAAAUCCACAGUCAUCUCCUGUUGAGUCUGGAGUUACAGGCGGUACUCCAUUUCCUGUUGAGUCUGGAGUUAGGCUGGUGCGGUUGGGGCCGCGUAGAAUGGUGGUUGCUGUGCUGCCUGCUGGCAUCAGUCAUCUUCCUUCGACAUCUUCUAGUGGAGUUCGUGUUAUCUAUUUACGGUUCAGCAGAAUUCAAAGAAGAGCAUACACUAAUGCUCAACCGGCCUGUAGUGCUAAUGAGCUGCCAAAUCCACAGUCAUCUCAAUAUCAUGAAGCAGGUAAUCUAGGAUCUCCAGUUGAUACCAAUGGGGGAAACAGUACUCAGACUUCUCCUGGGGAGCAGAAUGGCCAGGGUCCUUUUUCUCAGUUAAUGGAUAGUUUCCCAUGGAUUGGGUCACUAUUUCCUGGAGAAAAUUCCCGAGCAAAUGGCACAAGUCAGCAAAUACCAAUGCCUCCUGCUGAGCAGGUAGAUGUUAGAAAUCAUGGGGCACCAGAAGUGCCAGGGGUCAGCGAUGAGGGUCUACGCUUUGCUAGCUUGGUUCGCCAAAUUAUGCCAUUUAUCUCCCAGGCUGAGGCAAAUCAUCAUAGUGCCUCAGCAGCCAGUAGCAGUACUCCACAGCACUGGCAGGCUGCACAUGGGAGUUUGAAUGCUCAACGAGAUGGACGGAGUGAUUCUAGAAAUUUACAUCAUCAUAAUCGUGAUCCAGUUGAUGGACCUAAUUCUAAAAGGCAAAGAAGAAGUGAGUGAUAAAAAUCUUGCCUUCCCUGUCACCUUUUUUGCAACAUAAGCUGAGAAUUUUUCCAAUUCUCGCUGCACCAGAGGAUGGACUGUCAUCAUGUCAAAUGUCUGACAGAAUUGAGAGCAGUGGAUUAUUAGAAUUUCGCAGUGUAUAGUUGGCGUUCAGUUCAAUGGGCAACGCACCCAUAUUUUCUUUUUGCACAUUUUCUGGGCAACAGUUGUAAUGUCAUUUUACUUUUCUACCAUCAAUAUGUAGAAAUUCGAUUCAAUUGGGGGUGUUGAACGAACCAGGGCUCGUUUGGCACAUAUUGCUGUAGCAUGUGGAGCAGUUUUGCCAGAUAAUAAUACCCGUAUGAACUGUCAUCGUUA